AUGUUCGAGGACUUCUCCUUCUCCCUAUCCACUAGGCUUGAUGCCGACGAGGAUCGAGUCAUGGCCGACAGCGACAGCAGCCUUGUGUCGCCUCUGUCCUCGCGAUGUCCCUCUCCCAGGUCCUUCUAUCGACUGCCUCAGAAACCGGCGUCCCGUUCUCGCUCCUCGUUCUUCCGCCCGACCCAACAGCCGCCUACCUCCGUCCCGUCGCCCUACGAUAAGCGGUUAUCCAUCACCACCUUGACGAGAAAGCUGCACGAGCAUACUCUCAACAACCCGGAGAUUGUGGAGGAUCAGCCGCUGUCGCCAACAACCGAUGUCAUUCAUACUCCAGCCAAAUUCCCAGGGUACUUCCUGACACCGCCAGAUACCGACCAGGACGAUGAGGGUUUCUACGAUUCAUCCUCGAUAACUUCCUCCCAGCCAUCGACUCCACAGUCCCCGUUCCUGUGUCCGACAUCGGUCCCGCCAGAGUAUCAAUUAUCAGAUAGGAGCCGCGAACUUUCUCCCAUCUCCGCUUCCGUCGCCUUUCCAGAUAAGCAAAGCGUCCGUACAAAACGGCAACAGAUCUCCCGCUUUCAAUGCGGCGCAAAUACUGCCAUCGACGCCGUCCGGCGCGCCAUGGAGGAGGAAGCACUCGAGGUAGACACUCUCGGAGAAGACGAAUGUCACCCCAACUCGCUUCCCCCACAGUUAUCACCGCGUCGGAAGUCCAAACGGAGCCGGUCCCGUCCCGCGGGAGUCUACGAACUAUCCAUCCCAGAGCCGGGGACUUACGAACUCACCGUAUCCGAGUCUAGGUCGAGGAGGACAAGCAGCUCGUAUGCUCCUUCCUCGCACCGGAUCGAUAAGAGCUACGGUCGUGACCUCCGGAAACGGAGUGAGCAGGGCUUGAGACGGAAAAGUCUGGUGAGCGCUGCUCUGGCUUCUGUUGUUGAGAGGUCCCAUUCUCCUGCUUGA